GGCUUGGAUACUAAUUGGAUUUAUGGCACAUCAAGACGCCAUAUAUGCAGACUGCAAGCUUUCAGGAUCUAAUAUGACUCCUCAGGAAACGGAAUUGGUUGACGAACUUUUAGGUCUUCUAAUAAUUCAUCAAUUCACCCCCCUCUCGCUUUUUUCUCUCUCUCUCUUUACCCCACACAUGAUAUGUGUAGAACAACUCCUAACUUCUCACUUACCUACUAUUACUAGACACUUGCAUACCAUCUUGAAAAUUCCUGCUGCGUCUCCUCCUUCCCUCUUUUCUUUCAACCAACGAGUUCCUUGAUUGUUUCCAAUUUGUUUCUCUGUGAUUUCUGUUGGCCGUUCGAAUCAAUUCAUCUGCAGUCGCCAGCCACCUGGAGUACCUCGAUGCGACGAACCAUCCAAUAACCCUUGACAUGCACUGAAAUUUAUUGAUUGCGACGCGUCGACAGCCUUACCUUUUCUUCCAGCGCGCCUUGAUUUUUUUGACAAUUGAUUUAAACCUCGAGUCCUAUCUCUGCCGUGCUCUGCUCUGCUCUGCUCACAUAUCCAACUCUUCGAAUCCAUCGCGUUUAUUGCCAUUUGCAAUUUGCAAGUUAAUAAGGUUGGCACCUCGAAAAGUAUUUCUCGUUGCGAUUCUAAACCUACGAACCCCCACCCUCUAAUUUCUUCGAUGCGACAUUUCCCACGUCUCCCUUAUUGGCAACUAUCUUCCUAUGGCUGCCUCUCACACCGCGACCGUUCCGGAUACACCAGACCAGUAUAGAAGCAACAGUAUUAAUAAUACAAUUGGGAGAACACAAUUGGGCGGAGCCUGUAAUUAUACGAAACUGAAUUUUGGAACAAAAUGUGGAUGUUAUGAAUUCUGGGGCCAACCUCAGAAUUCAACAGCCAGCGCAGUACUAGAGAAUGGAGGAUUGCCUAGAGCGGAAGUCUGCGCAUGCGGACAUCAUCUUUGUUUUCAUGGUCGCAAAUCUUCACAGCCAUCAGAGGACCAGCGAUCACGAGCUUUAAGUAAUGUCUCGGGACUCAAUUUGGAGCCUAUUACUCCUAUGGCUCAAGUGAACCGUCAGCCUUCUACUCCCAAGAAUCUCAAAGGACCUGAAAAUGAAAACCUGGACCCCGCUCGCCGAAGUAUCCAGGAAACCCUUGAAUGGAGCCGACUUGUACAAUCCGAAACGGGGCCAGAAGAACUCCCGCCAAUUCCAUCGCAGUGCUUCUUGCCCUCAGAGACUGCUUCAAUGACCUCAAGCCAGGCUAGGCGGCCUUUCUUUGGCUUGGGGCUCAAUACCUUGAGUCAUAUUCCUCGACUCAACACGCAAUUGCAAGCUGUACAAACAGGUAAGGGACGACCUUUGCAGGCUUAUAAAACCUCUGACGGUCGAACAUUUCUUGAAAGUCCUACCGAGGUAUUGACAACGACACCAAGUCUUCAAGCAACCAAGGAUUUCGCAUUUCAAGGUGUCCCAGAUGAGCAAGCUAUGGAUAAAACGCUAGCAAAUAUUAAUAUCAAACCUCAAGCUGCUACUUUACCUCUACGCUCCAACAGGUCGCCCUCUAUCCAGGCUUCUCAGGCUAUACCUGGACUCAGUGACCAAGGGGAUAUUCUCAUGGAUCUCAUAGCUAAUUUCGAUGAGCCCGAUAAGCACCUUGUCCCCAGACUCCGUGAUAUCAUAACAGAUUUUCCAAAUACCAAGCGCAAUCAUGAGGAUAGAAUCGAUGCUCUUGAGAACACAUCAUUCUCAAACACAGGGUUUGAGGAGCUACAAGGAGAGAUUGAUGAUCAUGGUGAACGUAUCAAUGAGCUUGAGAAUAGAGUAGAAGAGCUCGAAAAGGUCAAUGCUGCAGCUGACGAGAGCAGUAUAGGUACUAAUAGAAACCUGAAUGAGUCAUUCGAUUCUCAGGCAACCAAAACAUCCUCUGCUCUCACAGUGAAUGCUAGGGGCCGCUCUAGUCUUACUACUCGUAUGGAAAAGCUUGAAGAUAGACUUACUCAGAUAGAAGCUACUCUCCCGCCAUCAUGGGAUCGACCAUGGGAGAUUGAGGUCGUAUUCUUACCAUAUGGCCCCGAGAUGAUGGGUAUUUGGUCUACAAAUCACGCAGCAUCCAAACGCUCAAGGGUCAAUAGUUGCGCAUCUGAAGAUUGGACUCAAACUCAACAAAACGUCUUGGCUGCUGCGCAAGCCUCUCUUUGCGAUCAAGGUUAUUCCAUGUCCUGGGAGAAGAUGAUGUUGAAGAAGGACAAUGAAGAUGAUGAUCUCUUGAUGCCGAAAGCGUGCGGUGUUACCACUACGAUUAAUGAACGCUUAAAGAGCAGAGGUUUAGUGAAGGUGGUGCAAAUCAAAGGCCCUGAUGCUCGAGAUGUGCAAGUAGCCCUGAUGUCAGCUUUCGGAGAUCUUCCCAAAAAGUUAUCCGAAGAUGUUUUCUCGUCUUCCAAACAUACUCCACCUCGGAUUCCCAAAUCCUUGGACAAUUAUCUUGGACUGCGCGCUGCUUGGAUACCACUGAGGAAGCUACAUAAAACGUCGGUUCUGAGGUUUCUAGAUCCUUCAGAAAUGGUCACUCCUGCAUUGUGGACUGUGCCAUUCCUUUCUUCAAGUGUGGCUAUGCGCACAAAGAAUAUGCGGAGGCUUUAUGUAACACAAGCGGAUAGCUAUCUUCAGCAUCACAUCAAUCGCUCGGCAAGAUGGACUUGGCAAAAGUUACGUCUGUUACCUCGAGUUCACGAUGAAGAUGCUGUGGAAAGCCAUACGCCCGAGGCUGAUGCUGCUGAGACAUGCUGGGCGUGGGAUGAGCGCCUUGAUCCGGCUGAGGAUAAUGCAUCAUUCACUACAUCUUUGAGUAUUCGAUUAUCUCAGGAGGCAGAGGAGGCAGAGGAUGCUGAGGAUGCUGAAAUCGAGCCCAGUUCUCCAUCAGACGAAUACUCUGCUGUUGACACACCUAUGGAGUCUUCUACUCCAACUUCGGUUGCACAUUCCAGAGUACCAGGAUCAUCUCCUGUCAAACAAGAUCGUUAUCCAUAUAAACCACUUCGUACGGCUUCCAUGUCCGCACUUGCCCCACUUAUCACGGCUCAAAUGGGAAAACGCCGAAUUGGCUCCUAUGAUCGUGAACCACAAUCGUCUCCCAUUCCAAAGACCUCUAGUCUAAAGCGUCGCCGUACGUCAAAAUCGCCUAUUCGUCCACGUGAUGACUGGAUUAUUGGUCCCCCAAGCCCGGGGAUCUCUACAUCGCAGGAGGUUGUAGAUUACAAGAGAGGUGUCACUCCAUCUGCAUACGCUACGCCCCAUAGCAAUGCACCUUAUGUUGAAACAAAUUCCCGUACAAGGAGUUUUCAAACGCAGGAAGAUGCAUAUGCUGACGCGACUUAUAAUGAUAUUAAUAUGGAUGAAGGCUAUGAUGAUAACGCAUUGAGCGAAUUUGAACAAUUCGCUAACGAUGCAUCUGACGAGGAACAGCAACUCUACGAUGUGUGGGGGGGCAUGGUUGACGAUAUUCCCAAAGAGGAUUCACAAUCAACAAUCAAGAUGACAACAGCUGGUCUUCUUCCACGAGAACCAGAGGUCAUUGAGGGGGAUGAAAGUGACGAUAGCGAUACUCCAUCUGAAUACCCUAGUACACAACCUGUUGGGAGAUAUAUCAAAGGAGCUGUUUUUCAAAUUCAUGUUGAUGAGGAUUUUGAAGAUGAACUUGGUUAGAAUAUAAAAUAUAUUCAAUGAGUAUGAUCCGACGAUAUAGUAGAGACGAGGGAAGGGGUGGAUAUAUGUUGAUUUGUUAUCUGGCGAACAGAACAUGAGAUUUUUCAUUGCUGUUUUUUGAGCCUUGGAGCGUAGCAUGGAGUAGGGGGGUUGGUGCAUUGGUGUAUUGGUGUUUUUUAGGGUUUGUGUGAUCUUUUACUUUUCUUUUCUCUUCUUUUACUUUCUGGUUCUUGAGAAUUUUUGAGGGCUGGUGGUCAUUUCUUUGGAUGGAUAUUGGAUGGGUGGAAAAAAGUACAUUUGGGAAAAAUGAUUGUGUAGGCAGAUGGAGGGAAAGAUCUCUUGGAGGAAAUACAUUGAGUCAUUAAGAAGAGUCAAUGGAGAAGAUAAACGAAAGAGAGGAAUAAAGCGAAAUAUCAAGAGAGUUGAGAUUAGAAGUGGAAGAUUCAAAUUGGAAAAAAAUAUCAAAGAAUAGAGAACAGAUUGUGGAAGCGAGCAUGCCAUGGCAUUAUAUGGUAUGGCUUGAUAUCUUACAAGCUACAUGUAGAUUGAAACACGAAAUAGAGCAUGGGAUUUUUCAUUCAUUCAUUCAUUCUUUCUUUUGUGGAUUCGGGGUGAGUCUUUAGUUAGAUAUAUGCGUAGAUAUAUGUAUGGAUGGAUGAAUAGGAGAGAGUAUUUGGAGGGAUUUCUUUGGGAAGUCUAUGAGGUGUUGGAUUGUACUUUUGCUUAUUGUGCUUUCGUUUUGGGGGAGGAGAGAGGAGAAAGGGUUAGUACACAUGUUGAAUCUUGAGAAUAGGAUCGAGAUUGAGAAUAAUAUCUCGCUUUUUUAUAUUGUUGUAUCAUAAGACUAAUCUGGUCUGGUCUGGCCUGGUACGUUCUAAGUGAGGUGCGAGAUACGAGAUGUGAGAUGUGAGGUGCGACAUUUGGACUCUCGAAUGUUUUGUAUUGAUUAUAGGAGGAAAAGAAUAAAGACGAAAAUGUGAGUGAGAUUGUA